AUGAAGAUGGGGAAAAGGUGCAUCGUUUACGGCUGUACUAAUAUAAAUAAGAAUGGCGUGUCUUUGCACAACUUCCCAAACCCCACAACGCAGAAGCAGCGAUUUGACCAGUGGAACAAACAAGUCAGACGGACGCGUCUUGAUUGGACCGGCCCUCCGCUUCCCUAUCUGUCUGCUGCGUGGAGGUCCUGUGUUGUCUGUGCUGACCACUUCACCCAGGACUCGUUUGAACACAUUAAUUCGGUGGCAGCGUCUUUGGGAUACAAGACUAAGGCUACAUUAAAACCUGAUGCCGUCCCAACAGUCUUCAAACGGAAGGGGCAGAGCGAGGCUUCCCAAACUCCCGCAAGGACAGACAGACGCACACUUCUGAUCCACAAGCUUGAACACCGCAGGAUGAUAAAUUAUCUCCUUAGUCCUGCCAUGGAUCCUGUCUCUCCAUCAACAUCAGCGGACUCCUCAAGUGAAGAUGAUGGCACCUUUACACCUUCACUUCCCAGUGUAAAGGAUCAAUCCACACAAGCCACAUUCAGAAACAAGUCAACGUACAGGAGCAAAGGAGUUUCAGUUCGACCCUGCCAGCGCACCGUUUCCAUACAGUGUACUCUACCAUCCAAGAAUGUGUCUAGCUCUGAUUAUUCAAUAAAUAGUUUUGAAGUCUGUGAUGAGGAUGAGGAUUUCACCAUAGAGGAAGCUGAUGACCCUGAUUACAUCCCAGAUGAGCAAGACAUUAUUGAAGAGUCAAAAAGGAUUGAAUCAUGGAAGCCGGGAGAAAAUUUACUCCAGGCCUGCGCUUAUGACACCGUCUCCUCCUGUGUUUUCCCCGCUCCCGCUCCAGACGCACGGGCGAACGACGAACGCUCCUUCUGCUCAUCCACUGGACUCUUCUGCGCGCUGUUCUUGCAUUAUAUCCCAUUCUAA